GCCUAUUUCAGUUGCCGUAGCAACGAAGCGCACAUUAUAGUCCUACGGGAGCGUCAGUGACAACAACUGGGAUUGUUGUCAAAUAUCCUGCUAUUUUGAUCCUUGAGUUUAUGUUGUUGCUGAAAUGAAUUGUCGGUACUGUUCGCUAGGUCUUUCAAAUCCCAUUUCCGAGGAAGCAUUAUUGUAAGUUAUUUAGCCAAGCUUGUUGCUUGGCAACAUACUAAUCUUUCCGUACAUACCCCCUCGGGAGUGUGCAGACUGUAAUUCUUACCGAAAGCCCCAUCAACACAAAAUGCCGUUUCUGAGACCUCGAAAGCCAAAAGAAAGCCCCUGGAAAGCAUGGGAUCGGAACGCGCAGAAAAACGGAUUGAAAAGCACUGUUUACACGGUGAACGGGGAUGAAUACACGGGAGAGUGGCGGGACAAUAAGAAGCAUGGAAAGGGAACACAGAAGUGGAAAUCUAAUGGUGCCAUUUAUGAUGGUGACUGGCAGAAUGGAAAAAGAAGUGGCUUUGGAACCUACAGCUUACCUGAUCCAGUCAGUGGAGAAUUUAAAAAAGUAUAUUCGGGCGAAUGGAAGAAUGACAAAAGACACGGCCUGGGAACCAACUUUUAUUCAGAUGAUGAUAUUUAUGAGGGCCAUUGGUAUUACGAUAAGAGGGACGGCUGGGGUAGAAUGUACUAUGCAGAUUGCUCUACUUAUGAAGGUGAAUGGUCUAAUGACUUGCCCCAUGGUCAGGGAAUGCUCCGUCUUGCUAAUGAAAAUCGCUAUGAAGGUUUUUGGAAAAAUGGAAAAAAACAUGGAUCAGGAAAGUUUUUUUUCUUCGAGAAAGGUCAACUAUAUGAUGGUGUGUGGGUAGACGACAUCCCAAAGUGUGGUAAAAUGAUUGAUUUUGGCCGAGAAGAUGCUAUUAAUCCUACUCGCUAUCCAAUACCACAGAUAAAGCUAAGAAAUCCUGCUGCUAUAUUAAAGGAAGCCAGAUCACAUUUUCUGGUUGAAGAUAAUAAGACCUCCAAUCAACAUUUCAUCUCGUCUACAAUUUAAAGACCAUACAAUUCAAGCUUUGGAAUGUUCCUGGUGUAUAUCUAGCCUUUGAAGAAUGACAUUCUGUAUAAUUGGUCUUUAAAUAAUCACAAAUAGUGCAUUUGCAAUUUGUGAAAAGCUUCUGAAAUAACGCUAGCAGAAUAUUGGUGUAGCAUUAGUUUUGCAACAUGGAAUAAUCUAAAAUUGGAACACCUAAUGGUUAAGCACUUCUGCUGUGCUGAGGAUCGAUAUUGUGUUGGUGGGUUGGUUUGUAUUGUGGAUGGUGGACGUAAUUGAUCAAGUCUCAACAAUUUUAUCCACAAAGCAAGAUUUUUGUUCAUGUGUUUCUAUUUUACUUGCCUUAUUUACUCUGACACCCUUACCAGAUUCCAUCAGCUAUUCAUGUGACUAACACAUUUCUUUAGAACAAUAGAUUCCAUGAUUUCUUCUAAUUUCUUUUUCGGCUUUUAGCACAUCAUUCUGACAAAUAGAUUCUUAACAGCUUUCAGUACUAAAUUAGAACCUAAUUAAGUAUUGAAAGCCAUGUUUAAAUUGCUAAAUGCAAGGUUAAUAGUUCAACAUUAGAGGGAACUAUGCUAAAUGCAAAUUUGGGGGGGGAGGGGGGGAAGGUGGGACAGAAACAAAAGAUCCCUUGUGUGUCCUCACUAUCCAGUUGGUGUUUGUGGAGAAGUGUUAUGUUACUUGACACAGUGAUGGCCAUGUGUCGGGAAAUUUUUGCAGGAUGAUGAGUGAGCCAGAAUUAGUAUGAUCAGGUGUUACUGUAUAGAGGAAGAUAAACACUGAUACAAUAUGAAAAGAAACAUUAACCUCAAACCAACAAAAUAUUUUUAAAUUGGACACAAGCAGAUACACAAAUUUCAAAGUCUUCAGGAUCCAGAAAAAGCUUUGAGGGGAAAUGAAAUUAACAGUAAAUGUCUGUAAAAGAAUAACUAGCAAAUGCUUUCAAGAACAAAAUUUAACCUCACUGUUCUAACAGUACAACUGAAAACAUACAGAGAGGGAUGAUUAGCUUUAUUUGUCACAGGUACAGUAUAUCAAAACAGAGCAAAAUGCAUCAACCAACAUAUCCUGAAGAUGGUGCUGGAAGCAGCCUGUAAAAGUGUAACCCGUCUCUUGGUUCCGCAUACAGAAGUGUACCCAUAAAUCUGGAAUUUGUGGGAGAAAACCUGAACACAGAGGAAACCCAGGUGGACACAGGGAGAACAUCCAAACUCCUGCACAGCAGAGGGAAUUGAACCCUGAUUGGGUGAUUGCUGGCAUAGUAGCAUUGCACUAAUUGCUACUAUGCAGAUAUACUUUACCUCUCACCGCAAAGGAGACCAACCAAGUCCACUCCAGUUUUUAUUGUAAUUUCAUCAAUCCCAAUCACUCCUCUCACACGCUCAUUGACCUCCCACCAUUUCUCUACGAUUCACACCUUUUACAGUAACCAGUUAACAUACCAACCCGUAUGCCCUAGAGAUGUAUGAGGAAACCACAGCGUCCCAGGAAAACCCAUGCAAACACCUUACACACAACACCAGAAGUUAGGAUUGAAGCUGGGACACUAGACCUUUGAGGCAACAGAUUCCUUCCUCUCCAGCUCUUUAUCUUCCCUAUACACUUGGCUUCACCUAUCACAUUCUAGACAUCCUUCCCAACCCCCCUCCCCCCACCCUCACCUUUUUAUUCUAGCAUCUUUCCCCUUCCUUUCCAGUCCUGAAGGAGGAUCUCUGCCUGAAACAUCGACUGUUAUUUUAUUUCCCUAGACAUUGCCUGACUUGCUGUGUUCCUCCAGCAUUUUGUGUGUGUUGCUUUGGAUUUCCAGCAUCUGCAGACUUUUUUGUGUAACAUUACCUAUUGCACCUACAAUUUGCCUACAAGAUUAUUUCAGGUGCAUUUCAGGUUUUCUGAUUUUUGCCAAAUUUAUAAUUGGGAUUAAAGAUAUGACCAGCACAGGAAAAAAAAUGUCAUUCAUGACUGUAUUGCACUGCAUAUUUGCAUUCAGUUAAAUCUCAGUGUUGAUUAGUAAAAGCAAACAAGUGCCUCAAAAAUAUGACAAAUAUCAAACAUUUUAUCAAAGAUCCUUUAGAUAAAUUGAGGCCAUUUAAAAUUCUGAUAAAUCUAUAAUCCAUCAUUUGGAAAUCUUAAUGGUUUGGCAUUUGCUCACUGGACCCUAUUUCCAUGUUGUUUAAACUCACCUGAUUUACUUGGAAAGUGUUCUCUUUAGACUGAUUAGUCAUGUAUUGGCAUAUUGAAAGGAGUAAUUUGGAACAUCUACUGGUUCAGCACCAAAAAGAGUCAAAAGUGCUGGAUUAUUGGCAGUUCACUAUACAAAACACAAUUAUGAUUUGAGAAUUAAUUGUAUUUAUAUUGAAGCAUUUGCUAAACUGCACAUUUUAAAGCCCAGUUGAUAUAUGCUUUGGAGAUACAAGUAUCCUUUGGAGUCAUUCCAUAUCUGAAGCAGUGUUCUCCACAAAUUACAAUGUCGGAAAUACUGGGGUCAGUUACCAUUUGUGGCUGAAGCCUGUCAGGGACUUUGACCUCAAACAUGUACACCGUUUCUCUUCCUGCAGUUGCUGCCGUGUUUUCAGCAUUUUGUGCCUAUUUAAGGUUUCCAGGUUUUGCAGAUUUUGUUUUUCUUUACAUUCUCCACAGUGUAUGCUUAUCAUUGCAUCUCAAACGAAAUUCACAUGAUGAACAUCAGGCAGGACUUCUUCCAAAAAACAAGAUUUCAAAUGUCAAGAGCAUGUAUAAGUUGGAAAAUUUAUGAGUUCUGCCAACAGACGUCAACUGAAAAUCCAGACAGAAACCCAAAUUCUAAUGAUCAGACAUUUUCAUGGAAUUGCACUGUAAAAAUUGAGUACAUUCAUUUUUAAUUAUUAAUAUGAAAAAAAUAAUAGGUUAAUUUCAACAGGUACAAAUGGAAACUGCACUUCUCACAUAUGGUAUUUGUCUUUAAAAUGUACCCAAGCUUAGAUUAAGGUAUAAACUGAAGAUUGUCUUGGUGUAAACCCCAUUUCUAUUUUUAUAAACUUGAAUUCUAGUAUAUUAAAUUAUUAAAUUUCUGA